AUGUUGCAACCACGUGACAAGUUGAAGGCGUUGCACGGAACGAUGGAUGUCAUUUUAGUGAACCAGAUUUUCCAUCAGUGGAAUUUGGAGAACCACAUCGAGGGGGCUACGCUGUUAGUCAAAUUGUCUCGAGAUCGUCCAGGGAGUUUGAUAUUAGCUUACCAAGUCGGCGUGCCCAAGCAACGGGGGUUACUUGGCCCCCCUGGCUCUAAUUGCAGGUGCCUUCUGCAGUCCCUAGAGACUUGGAAGGAGGUGUGGGAUGAAGUUGGGAAGAGAACGGGAACGCAAUGGAAAACCGAAUCGAGACUAUUGACUUGGGAGCAGCUCGGUAAUGAUCCCAAGGAGAUUGCAUACAUGGGAACAGAUGUAUUGAUGAUUGGUUUCGUUAUGACUAGGGUGUAG